AUGCAAACCUCCGUGCACCCAAGGGUGCAACGCGGAGACAUGUACACAUGUACUGCUGUAGAUCGGUCACGGCCGACAGCCCCAGUACCAGUAUACCUAGUGUCUCAAAGCUCAGCAUUUCGUGCGAGGCGCGCCGCGUACGGGGGUUCGCCGUUGAAAACAACUCACGACAACACGGGCCAACCCUUCCACACCAGAUCCACUUCGUUGUUAGGAGCAUCAGCUCCGGUAGCCAAGCGUAGACUUCCAUCGCGAAGGCUCCCCCUUGCAGAGAGGGGCAGAGGCGACCAAGGGAACGGCAGGUUCCAGCUGUUCCCCGCUACCGCGCUUGUGCAAAGUGCAAACUGCAAAGAAAAGGCCCCCUUCUACAAGAUGGCGCAGACGGACCGCAAGGCGCUGGUUGCCCUAUACAACGCGACCGGUGGGGUUAAGUGGAAGAAUAAUCAAAACUGGAACACUAGUGCCGCCCUCUCGCAAUGGUACAGAGUCGAAGUCAACUCCCAGGGCCGCGUGGUGAAGCUAUCUCUGUGGAACAACAACCUCCAAGGUCCCAUCCCCGUGGAGGUUGGACGGCUCGCCGUACUGGAGUACCUCGACCUUCGGGCGAACGAACUAACUGGGGCCAUCCCACCGGAGGUGGGAAAGCUCACAGCGCUGCGAUGGCUCAAUCUUCGGAGUAAUCAGCUAUCCGGACCCAUCCCACCACAGCUAGGAGAUCUAAGCACCUUGGAGAUCCUGGACCUCAGCUGGAACAAGUUAGACGGCAACAUUCCGACAGAGCUAGGAGAUCUCCGACAGCUGCAGCUGCUGUUACUCAACGAGAACCACCUCACAGGUGCGAUCCCGGCGCAGCUCGGCGCUCUCAAUAAGCUCACGCGGCUCGACCUGUCCAUCAACCAGCUCAGCGGGCCCAUUCCCCCGGAGCUGGGAGAGCUCGAGGCACUGAAGUCUCUCUAUCUUUCGAAUAACCAGCUGGCCGGCAACAUCCCGCCAGAGCUAGGAGAUCUCCGACAGCUGCAGUGGCUGCGGCUCAGCGAGAACCACCUCACAGGCACCUAUUUUAUUGUGAUGGUCGGUUUAGUUUUUUCUAGCAUUGAUCCAUAG